UUUUUAAAACAAGCUGCAUCCUUUGUAUGUGCCAAAAUCAGUUGAUUAGAUAUGUAAGGAUCUUACUGUUAUCAAAUCAUUCGUCGAUUUAUUGUAUUCAUGUCAAGUUCUGUUUGAUUUUGAUCAAGCUUUUAGGUAUCCGAAGAAGAUAAGCUUUACAUAUCAGGGAAACGAGUAAGCUAUUCUGACAACACUGAUUAAUUGUCUCUGGCUUAAAGAGUAAUCUAUACUUUAGAGAAUUCAAAACUUUAUUUGGAGGAACUUUAUCAAUAAUUAUAAAAAUCGUCAUCCUAAUCUACACUUACAUCAUGCUGAGGAUAAUGUUCGGUAAGAAUCCAAGGUUUUAUUUUACAAAUUCCCAAUAGAAAGAGGAGAUACACAAAAAUAGUGUUAACACUGUUGCAAAAGACAUCCUGAACGAUCAAGAUCCCAUCACUGUAGGAAAUACUGACUUCUCAUUCGCUUUUGACAUCAGCUUGGAAGACAACACUCCAUUUGAUCUAUUGAAUAAUGACUAUGUAACCAUGAAUAUGUACCAAUGGCAGAAAGACAAAGGUAAACUUGCUGACACUAUUUUGAAAUAAUCUCUUGUUUAGUAUCUGGAGAGUUAAUCAAGAGAGAAGUUACAUUUGAAAAGUGUGGCAGUUCUCUGUUCAAAUAUGACAACCAAACAGAAGUAUUGAAUUAGCUUACUUCUAGGUUCAAAUACUUGGAAUUGAUGAAUAUUAUUGCCCUUCACUCAUGAAUUUCGUGGUCCAAGGAAACUCACUUUCUGAGAAUUUCUACUACAUUGAUUUGAGUCUUGAAAUGUGCUCUGGGAUAUCAUGCCCAGCAGAUUUGGAUGAAAAAUUAGCAAAAUUUAACUUAAAAUUCCCAUUUGUUAAUGCCUAUUUCGAUUUUGAUGAUUACGACUCACCUAUACACACCUACAUUGGUAAGAAAAUUUCUUAAGGUUUAUGAAAUGCAUUCCUCUUCAAAUAUUUCUUUUCAAAAAUUUCAAAAUGAGUAUUUAGUUAGAAUUCUUACAAAAAUCAUUCAUUUCUAUCCUAAACUGAGCAUCAAUAUAGACGGAAGUCUUGAGUUUAGUACCAUCCCCAACCUCAGGACCAAAAUCAGUGCUUACAUUCAGAAAAAUGAAGUCGAAGUUCAAGACAGCUACUUCUCAUACCAACCAGGAGGUAGCACUCAAGAAUUCAUAGCUAUUGAUAAGACUGAACAGAGGAUAGAGUCCAUAAAUAAAGGUAAAUUACAGGAAAAUACACCCAGAAUGCAACUCUGUUGGGCUAACUUUGAAAAUAUAGAUAACUCAAAUGAUGUGUUCAAAAUAAGAUUCAUAAAGGAUAAUUACUCAAAGUCCUUCGGAAGAUCAGUCUUUACCUUUAUGGAAGCUACUGGAAAUAUUGGAGGAUUGUUCGAGAUCUUGGAGAUUGCAGGGGGCUUCCUUGUUGGAAUAUUUUCUGGAAGACUCUUCCUUUACUCCCUUCUUUCCCAGCUCUACCAAAUUGAAGACCAGACUACACUAAAUUCAGCUACAAAAGAAUCGACUGAAAAUAAGCUCGAACUGUUUAGCAAGUCAGAAGACUUGAACAUAAAGGACAGCUCAUUUGCAAACAACACUGGCUAUCAAAGUAACAACAUAAAGGAUAAGGCCAGUAGAAGUAUGAGGAACAGGCUUCGAUAUGACUGGAAAAUCAGUGACUACCUCUUCAAUCUCAUCAAUUUCAUCUCUUUCACAUUUUGCUGUUGCUUCAAAGACAAAAGUAAGCUGCAUGCCAAGACAAGGCUGAAGCUCUACAGGAGAGGGGAGCAAAAAUACAUCAAGGAAUUCGACGCUGUAGGUUAUGCCAAAUCAAUGAGGGCCAUGAGCACUCUGAUAAAUUCCUUAAUGGAUGAAAAAGAAAAGUUUAUGUUAGCUUACCAGAAAAUCAAUACUAUUCCUACUGAAAAUGAGAGCGACACCAGUGACAGUGAGGAUGCAUAUAGCAAAGUCCCAAGCCUGUUCUCGAAUGAAGCAAAAAGAGCUGAACACAAGCACAAAGUAGAGAAAUUUAUGGCGGACUAUUCAAGAGAGAAGUGGUCAGGCAGAGACUUUAGACUCCUUAAUGGAGUUUAUAGCAAGUACAGGCUUAAAGAAACCCAAGUUGAGUAUUUCAAGAACGAAGAGAAUAUUGAAGAUAUCGAGAAAGAACUUGAAAAAUCAGCUAUUAAUUCAACUGUUAAGUUUGCCAAAAUUCUUCCAUAUGAGUGAGUUCAUCCGCCUCAGAGUUUUAUAGGGAGGUGAAAGAGGAUUUUAAGGAGAAUUUGGAAGAAGAUUUGAAGGAGAAUUUGAAAGAUGAUUUUAAAGAUGAUUUAA